CUGAAAUUGAAAAUAUGUUGGAGCAAUUAAGAAAAGAAAAGAUGGAUAUGCGAUCCAACAAGGAAAAGAAACAAGGAAAUAAGAGGCAUAAAACACUAAUUGAUGAAGAAGAUGUUGAGGACUUUCCCUUAACAGCUCCACAGCCUACUCAAGAUGAAGAUGAAGAUGAAGAUGAAGAUUUUGAUAUUGAUGUUGAAAAUGACAUGCCAUGGAAGCCAAGAGAUUUUUCAGAGUUGAAUUCUAGAAUCCAACAAAGACAGAAUCAGGCACGACCUACAGGAUCAAGAAGAAUCAACUUCCUUGGAGAUGGUUCGAGUGUACCAAAUGAUUUGUAUGCACCAAAGGGACUUACGUGGAAGGGCAAUGCAUCUAUUACUGGAAGAAUGUUGGAGCAAUCAAGAGUGGAAAAACUUAAGACAAAAAAGGGUAAUGGCAAGGCACAACAAUGACAAGUUCAGUAAUGAAGACAAUAUUUUGUUAUUUUGUUGCAUGUUUUUGAGAUACUAAUGGCAUACAAAAACAUGUUUAUGUGUUUAAAAGUUUUUUGUAUUUGCACUAACUUCUUUUGGGGUAUGUACUGAACUAACUUCUCUAUGUUCAAAUCAGUUUUUUG